UUACAGAUCUAGAAUUGUCACCAUAAAGUUAGUGAGCUUAAAGUGUGUUGCCCCAAAAGGAUAGAGGAACCUGCUGGCCAUGACAUGGCUCUCCUUUUGACACUAACAUCACCAGACCUGGAGGGUACCUGGGACACCAGAGACAAGGAUGGCUUCGAAGCCCAGGAGGGGCCGCCCCUGGCUGUACCUGAAUUUCCUGUGUGUGGACUGUACCGGAUCUACGGAGUCUGUGGCUCUUUCAGCUCCUUCUUCAUCAUCUGGUGCAGGCUUUGUGCUCUGGAGAUCCUCAAAUCACCCCAACAUGAUCCCUUAGAGAUACCUGAACAGUCCCUCAAACUCAUACCCCUGGUGUCUGGAAAAAGGGAACUCACAAGGGGCCAGAAAGCUGGAGAGAAGCCCCUGGCUGCAGGACCCGGGGAGGAGGAACUGCUCCGGGGCUCAGCCCCUCAUGCUCAGGACACUCAGAGUGAGGAACUGCCACCCUCCUGCACCAUCUCAGGAGAGAAGAAGCCGCCAGCAGUCUCUGGAGAAGCCACCGGGGCUGAUGCUGGGAGACUGUGCCCGCCCCCCCGCUCCAGGGCUCCCCACAAAGACAGAACUCUAGCCCGCUCCAGACCCCAGACUCAGGGGGAAGAUUGUUCCCUCCCAGUGGGAGAGGUGAAGAUAGGAAAGAGGUCCUAUUCUCCAGCCCCCGGGAAGCAGAAAAAGCCUAAUGCCAUGGGUCUGGCCCCAACAUCAUCUCCGGGUGCCCCUAACUCAGCCCGUGCCACACACAACCCAGUGCCCUGUGGGUCAGGCCGGGGGCCCUGCCACCUGGCCAAUCUCCUCAGUACAUUGGCGCAGAGCAACCAAAACAGAGACCACAAGCAGGGGCCCCCGGAAGUGACCUGCCAAAUUAGGAAAAAGACACGAACCCUAUACCGCUCAGAUCAGCUGGAGGAGCUAGAGAAGAUAUUCCAAGAAGACCACUAUCCUGACAGUGAUAAACGCCGGGAGAUUGCCCAGACGGUGGGGGUGACCUCCCAGCGCAUCAUGGUAAAGGGGGCCGGCUCACUGGUGGCAGGGUGGAGUGGCGGAGGGCCCACCAUUGAAACACUCGAAUUGCAGAGUGAGCGCUCAGCGGUAGCCUGGGUGUGGUUCCAGAAUCGCCGGGCCAAGUGGCGAAAAAUGGAGAAACUGAAUGGGAAAGAAAGCAAGGACAAUCCUGCAGCCCCUGGCCCUGCCAGCAGUCAAUGCAGCUCUGCAGCUGAGAUCCUACCUGCUGUGCCCAUGGAGCCAAAGCCUGACCCUUUCCCUCAGGAGUCCCCUCUGGAUACCUUUCCAGAGCCCCCCAUGCUGCUGACUUCUGACCAGACUUUGGCCCCCACCCAACCCAGUGAGGGUGCUCAGAGGGUGGUGACCCCCCCACUCUUCAGCCCCCCACCUGUGCGAAGGGCCGAUCUUCCUUUCCCCCUUGGCCCUGUCCACACCCCCCAACUGAUGCCACUGCUGAUGGAUGUUGCUGGCAGUGACAGCAGCCACAAGGAUGGCCCCUGUGGGUCCUGGGGGACAAGCAUCACCCUGCCACCCCCCUGUUCAUAUUUGGAGGAGCUGGAGCCCCAGGAUUACCAACAGAGCAACCAGCCAGGACCCUUCCAGUUCUCCCAGGCUCCACAGCCCCCGCUUUUCCAGUCCCCUCAGCCCAAGUUUCCCUACCUCCCCACUUUCCCCUUCUCCAUGCCCAGUUCACUGACGCUUCCACCGUCCGAAGACUCUCUGUUUACGUUUCCCUGUGGCCCCAGCGGGGGCACAUCGCAGGGCUAUUGCCCAGGUGCCUCCUCAGGACAGAUCUUGAUGCAACCACCUGCUGGGAAUAUGGGUACAGCCUCCUGGAGUGACCCCUGUUUGCCAGAGCUGCCCUUCCCUGGUCCGUUCUGCCCACAAGCUCUGGGGCAUCCCCCAGGAGGGGAUGGCUACUUUCCUGAUCUAUUUCCAACUCCAUGCCCCCAGGCUCUGGGCAGGCAGCCUUCGUCAGCUCUCUCAUGGAUGCCUGAAGGGGCCAGACCAGGGACUGGGCCCUUACUCAGCAAGGUAAAAGAGGAACCACCAGCUGCUUCCCUGGAUCAGCCCUCAGCACUGGAGGAGGCCAGAGGGGAUGACAAGAAUAGCCAUGUCCCCUAGUUGGGGGGUCAAAGAGUGAAAAGAGGCUGCUUGGUGGGAUAGGAUUGGGCUCGCUGAGAGGACAGGGGUUGGGGGUUUGGGAAAGAGUGUGGACUCUGUAGACUGAGGGGAGAAUUAGACAUUUCCCCUGUGUAGGCUCGUCUUGUUGAUAUGAGAAGGAAGAAAGAGGGCUGGCGCUUCCCUUUUCUUCACACUCUGUGUGGGGGUCCUGAAGGAAGCAGGUGGCCUGUGUUACUUCUGAAUGUUGUAUCAGGUGUUUUUGUUUGUUUCCUAUCUUUGCUUGACAAAUGAGCUGGAGUGUCCACCGUAAGCAGUAAACUAGUCCAU